AUGUCGUCGUCAAAUGGGACACGCCUUAAUGCUGAAGGCACACACCUCACUUCCCUCGAACUGAUCGGCCAGACCCCCCUCAUCCGCCUCAAUAAGAUCCCCCAGUCCCUCGGCAUCCAAGCCACCGUGUAUGCGAAAUGCGAAUUUUUCAACGCCGGCGGCAGCGUCAAAGACCGCAUAGCGCUGCGCAUGAUCGAGGAAGCCGAGAAAUCGGGCCGCAUCAAACCGGGCGACACGCUGAUCGAGCCCACCAGUGGCAACACUGGAAUCGGCCUUGCCCUCGUCGCGGCAGUCAAAGGCUACCGCACGAUCAUCACACUCCCUGAAAAGAUGUCCGCCGAGAAGGUCGCUGUGCUGAAAGCCCUCAACGCAACCAUCAUCCGCACUCCCACCCAAGCGGCCUUUGACUCCCCGGAGUCGCACAUCGGCGUCGCCAAGCGGCUGGAGAAGGAGAUCCCCAAUGCCCACAUCCUAGACCAGUACGGCAACCCGGACAAUCCGCUGGCUCACGAACUCGGGACCGCAGAGGAGAUAUGGAAGCAAACAGCCGGCAAGAUCACCGCCGUGGUGGCUGGCGCAGGCACGGGGGGCACGAUCACGGGCCUGGCGCGGGGCCUGCACAAGCACAAGGAGUCGAUAAAGAUCAUCGCCGCCGACCCGCAGGGCUCGAUCCUGGCUCUCCCUUCGCAGUUGAACGAGGAAUUCGCCAACCAGCCAUACAAGGUCGAGGGCAUAGGCUACGACUUUAUCCCAGACGUGCUGGACCAGAAGGUCGUGGACAAAUGGUACAAGACGGACGAUCGAGAUUCGUUCCACUACGCCCGCCGGCUCAUCGCCGAAGAAGGCCUCCUCGUCGGCGGGAGCAGCGGGUCCGCCCUUGCGGCGACGAUCCAGGCCGCAAAGGACCUCAACCUGGGGAAGGACGACGUGAUCGUCACGAUCCUGCCAGACUCCAUCCGGUCGUACCUGUCCAAAUUCGUCGACGACGACUGGCUGGCCGCGAACAACCUCCUCCCACCGACCCCUCCCGCAGAACCACAAAAGCCCUCCUCGCCGUCGCAGUUGUCGCGCACCCCGAGCGUCAGAAAGGACGACCCCUUCCACGGCGCGCGCGUCAAGCACCUCCGCCUCAAGCCCGUCCAGACCGUCACCUCGGAUUCCCCCUGCAGCGCGUCCAUCGAGGUCAUGCGCGAAAAGGGCUUCGACCAACUCCCCGUCCUGGCGCCCAGCCCGUCACGCAGGCUGGUCGGCCUCGUCACGCUCGGCAACCUGCUGUCGCGCAUCUCGCACGGCCGCGCCACGGGCAAGAGCCCCGUCUCGGACGUCAUGUUCGACUUCAGCCACAUCGGCGAGGUGUCCGUGGACAAGACCGACAUGUCCGACUUGAUGACCACGAGCGCCGAUCCCGCAAGCGAACCCGCGGCGCAGGAGAAGUUUUCGAGCGAAAUGACGGACAAGGAGAACGGCGCCGCAAAGAGCAGACCCCGGGCCCAGAGCAAGAGCAAAGGCAAGAGGAAACAGUUUGUGGAGAUCACCGUCGAGACGCCCCUGAGUGCGCUGAAUAGGUUCUUUGAGUGGCAGAGCGCGGCCAUUGUGACGGAACGGGACGACAAAGGCGCUCUCAAGCCCACGGCGGUGGUGACCAAGGUGGAUCUCUUGACGUGGAUGCUGAGUGAGCAAAAGAUUUAA